AUGUCUCGACUAACAUCGUUGAAUUUAUAUGGGAAUAAGCUAAGAGAUAUCCCCGAGGGCUCAUUCGAGGGUCUGUCACAACUUCGCCUACUUCGAGUUGAGAAUAAUGAGAUCUGCUCGCUGUCAACAAAUGCCUUGUCGGAGAUCAAACCGAAGAUCGAGUUGGUUGACCUCAGUGGCAAUUGUUUUGCAACUAUACCGGCACAAAGUCUCAGGAAUAGUGUGAAGCUGAUGUACCUUGAUCUGUCCGAUAACAAAAUAUCAGAGAUCAACAACUUUGAACUGAUGAAUCUGCCGCAGCUGAAGGAACUUCGACUGCAAAACAAUCAACUGCGCGAGAUUCAUCCGAUGGCAUUCAUGAAUGUUCCACAGCUACAGUAUCUCUACAUGAGGGACAAUCUAAUCGGAAGUUUGGACGGGAAUCGGUUACAGGCUUUCCAUCGUCUCGAAAUACUCGAUGUUACCAACAAUCUGCUACAGAAGUUGCCGGAGCUGAAAGACUUGACUAGUCUCAGACAAGUCCGCCUGGACGGGAAUUUGAUUGAGAAGAUUGAGACACUCGCUUUCUCUAACAAUCCAAACCUUCAACUGAUCAGUAUCCAGAAUAACAAUAUUGCCCAAAUUGCUAGAAACAGUUUCGAUUCAUUAGAUCAAUUGAUGGUUCUGCUAUUGUCGAACAACUCCAUACAGUCCAUAGGUGGGGUUUUCCUCUAUUUUUCAUUUUGUUUCUAUCGUAACCGGUCUCCUUGGCAACAAGGGUCAUCCUGGGAUCGUAAGAGAGACUCUUCACAAGCGGCCCAGUUAAUGGGAGCAGCGAGCGCUUACUGA